CUUCACAACCCAUUUUUAAUGAUUGCUUUCACCUUCAAUUGAAUCAGGUACUAGCAAUGCUUGUCGAUUGAAAAUUUCUACAGCAUCGCUUAAAGAAUAGAAUGUGAAAAAGAGCACUCCGCGAUGGUGCAGUCAUAUUACCCACUGAUGUCAUGGAAAGAUCGGAAAUUCUUGUCCACAUCUCAGCGCCAUGCGGGGUGAGCGACGACGCCCGCUAUCGUGCUCAGGCUGAAGCCAUUCUCAGUUUCCAGGGUGCCUCACGCCAAGUUAUAACUUCAAGAGCAGACAAUAGUAGGAGUGAUCAUGAUGAUACUACCUCUGCUGCCACCAGCGACGGUCUACCUUCCAACCGCACACCUCCACGAAAACCUGUGAUCCCUCUUAAUGAUAUACCCAAUCAUCCGGCCAUCAUGAUAUCUAAUGGGACCAUCGCUCUCGAAAAACAGCCACAUAGUUGUUCUCAAACAGAAUUCCUUGAUAGUCCAGUGAGCGUUAUUCCGGACUCUCAACCUGGGAUGUUAUCUUCGGACCCCGACAACCUGCAGAAUGUCGAUCGUCAGCCAUCUACUAUCCCACCCCCUUGGCCCCCUUGUUCUCCGGAUGUACCCCCCACCAAGAGAGAUCGGGCAAUUUCACUGUCACGAAGGGGUGGCCUAAAGAAACCUCGCCAUAUCCAGCGGAAAACGGAGGAAGCUGAUAUUGCUCAAAUUGGUGAUCUCGCUGUACUACCCACAACAAGCUUUCCUAUUCCUGCAGAGAUCAGACCCCCAUUACCUCCAAUAUCGAAAGAACAUUUUAUAACUCAUAUUACUCCAACCCUAGAAAUGCUAGCUACUCGCCUGAAGGGAAGGACAUACAACCCCCUCCAACAAACUAGAGAACUACAUAAGUUGGAAAGAGGCUACUGGUAUCUCCGUAUUAAUGUCACCGAAGCGGAGACACACGAAUCUGAUGUCUCCACAGAGGGAAGUAACGGAGCUUGCAACUGGGAUAUAUCUAUGUUCUCUCGCUUCUGGUCUUUCUUGGCGGAAUUUAUCAAAGAAGGUCGUGCUGGUUGGGGAGUAUGGUGUAUACUCGAAGAUGUGCCAAACACUCAAUUACCGCAUGAUAGCCUGCGGUCUGCGUGGCGAGAAGUGAAUAUUCGCCAGCUAACUCUCAAAACUUAUGCAUGGGGCGAAAUUGCUUUUCAUGUAUACCUUCUCUUGUUCUUAGCUAGCGAACGCCGGGUUCGCAAAAUGGGCGCUCAGUGGCGAGAUGGCCGGGGUGAUGUCGUUAUCCACAUGCCAUGAUAUGUAAUACGAUGACCGCAACCCCUCUUUAAGGAGUACUGUUUGCACAUACAUACAAUGAUACAUAGAUAAAACAUGACAAAUGUAAUGUGAAAAGCCAGAGAAAUCAUGGAACUAAUGGGUAUUAAU